AUGUCGCGGAGCCCCGGAAACGGAGCAGGAGAGCUCACUUACGAGGCGAAGGGACGACUUAUUUGCGGACUGACUGGAGUCGAUAAGGUUCGUUUGUGAUUUAAAUAGAAGAGUUCUUCUGAAUAUCUCUUUUUGCAGGUGCGCGUUGUGCUCUGGGAUCGUUUCCGUGGCCGCGAGAAUAUCAUCUACGACGAGACGUACACCGACGUCGUUGGAAGUUUCCGUCUGCGCGCCAAUCGCAACGGCUUCGACGGCAAUCUCAUUCAGCCGUUCCUCACCAUCUAUCACGACUGCGACGACGCGGCGACUCCGGGACUCCGCAAGAUGACCGUCCAGUUGCCUCCGCAGUACACCAACCAGGGAGCACUCGUUUUGAAGUCGUUCGACAUCGGAACCUGGAAUCUGGAGACGUCGUUCGCCGGAGAAGAGCUCGAAAUUCAGGGAGGAGGACUCGGCGGACGGCCGAUCGGAGGUUCUUUCCAGCAGGGAAACCGCGGACAGUUCGGAGGCAACAGAGAGAUCUUCGCGCACGGAGGCAGAAAUGACUUCGGAGGAGAGUCGUCCAUCACUGUCUGA